UGGUCGCGCAUGUAAGUUGUGAACACCGGUAAAAGGCGGUACGAAGAGGAGUCGUUAUUAACCGUUGAUGAAACACACGAAAGACUAGAUAGAUGAUAUAUAGAAAACGUUAAAAAGAAUUGUUCAACUUAUUUUUUUCGAGCAAUAUCAUCUCGAAAAUAGAAGGCAACGAAAGAAAAGUAAAAAUAUUUACGUAAAUAUAUAUUUCUCUGUAAACAUAAGCAAAUAAAUUAAAAAAAAAAGAAAUCCGAAAAAAGAAACUUAAAAAUAAAAAAAAAAGAAGAAAAAGAAAAAAAAACAAAAAGAAGGAAAAAGAUAAAAGAAAUUAAAUGGCAUCACGUAGAAAUGCAAAGCAAUCCGACAUCGAGUCGAUGGAAAAACUUGCGGAAACCGGUAAAUUAUCGCCUCCGAAACGCACAAAACUCGCCAAAUCAACAGUCGUCAAAAUGAAGGAUACGAAAUCUACGAAAUCUACCAAAACCCAUACUGCUGACAAUAAUAAUGAAAUAAUAGAAACUGAAUUGGAGCCUCUUAAAAAAUUAAGGACGAGAAAUAAGGCAGAUACUACUGCAAAGCCUACGGCUAAAGAACAACCGGUUCAGGAAAAAACGCCAAAAUUAAAACGUGUCAUUAAGAAAUCCAAACCUUUAACUGAGGAUAAUUUAUCUUCUAACGAUUCGAAUGGAUUAAUCGAUGAAGCCAAUGAUGAGAUUUCUGAAAAAAUACCUACGAAAAAGACUCGUGCUAAAAAGAUCCCAAAAAAGGCGGGAAAUAUUGCGGACUUAAACACCGUUGAUGAUGCCAAAGUAAAACCAAACACAAGAGCCAAAAAAGUUGAAGCACUUAAAGAAGCAGAUAGUAUUCUAGCGGAUACUAAAGAAAAGAAAAAAUAUGUUGCUGAAAAAUUACCUAAACUACCUAAAGUACCUAAGGAAUCUAAGGAAACUAAGGAAACUAAAACAAAAAUGAAACCAGUAAAGAAAGUUGUAGAAAAAAAUGAAGCUGUAGUAGAAGAAAAGAAAAAAGCGAUUAAUACUAAAACUAAAACAACAAAAAAUAAUACUAAAGUAGUAAUGAAUGAUGAAAAAAAAGCGAAAUCACAGACUACUAAGAAGAUGCAGAAUCAAACAGAUAAUGUUCCAGAUAAAACUGAAAAUAAUGUCGAAGAGAACAUUUCUAAACCGGUUAAGGGAAGAUCAAGAAAAAUUAAUAAAGAUAAUGUAACAAAUCAUUCGAAGAAAGCACAUAUGAAGGAAUCUGUUGCUAUAAAUGAAAAGGAAAAUGAAUUAAAAGCCAAUAAAUUAUUAUCGGAAGAAGAAGAAGAAGAAGAAGAAGAAAAAGAAGAAGAAGAAGAACAAUUUUCUUCUUUUCCUUCAAAAGAAGAUAAAGAAGAAGAAAUAAUGGAGAUUGAACCUAAUGAAAUAUCAAAAAAUAAUACUCUUCAGAAAGCAGCCACUAAUACUAGUAAUUUGGAAAAAGAUUUGGUGGACUUCGAUCUUUCAGGUUCAAACAAAAAUAAUAAAAAUAAGAUGAAUGAUUCAACAUCAAAUAGGAAAGAAGUCUCAAUAAAUGAAUAGUCUGUAUUAAUGAUGUUUAAGUGCAGAAAGGAAGAAAAAAACCUACUGUCACAGUAAAGAAGGAACCAAAACAGUACCUUAUUAUCUUAUAUAUAAAAAGAAGUUAUAUUUUUUUAAAAUUAUAAAUGAUAAGAAAAUACUAUUGAGAGGUUGAUUCAUAGAAUCCUUUUUAGUCCUAUAACGUUUUAUUUAUAAGAAUCUUUUAUUUGUGCUAUUAAUUAUAGAAUAA